GACAUGGAUACCUUGCUCCAGGAAGUCACCGGAUAGUUACUCAGCAUGUGUAGUUUGGUUAAUCUUUUUGAUUGAAGAUUGCUUUUUACAAGAUCUAUAGACAUACACUUUUAUUUUUAGCCUGCUGACUGUUACUAAGAACAAGUUUUGCCUUGGCAUACUAACACCAUGCAUAUAAGAACAACCUAUGAUAAUGGCACCUGUGAAAGUCUGAUAGAUAUGGAUUUGUUUCUGCACUAUUCCCUCAUUCCCUCGGUUCUUAUAAUUCUAGCUCUUUCCUUUCUUGAGAGACGCAUCAAGAGGACAGCAUUUGAUGAGAAGAUCCAACUUCUUGAUAGAAGAUUUGGAUUUGUCAUCCCUUUAGAUCUCAUAGGAACCUUUACUAACAGAUGGACAUUUGGCUUUGCAUUUGGAGCAAUAACUAAUAAGGUCAUGUCACUUUUUUCUGAAGAAUAUUUGCCACCUGGAGUUCCAUCAUGGGCAAGAGCAUUUGGACUUUUAAUUGGAGCAAUUGAAGUUGGCCUAUCCUAUUAUCCUAUAUUUGCCUGUCUCACUACAGAAAACAAAAUCAUAGGAUCUGUUAUAGGUUUCCUAUACACUCUGACUUGGUUUAUAGUAACAAUGAUUGAUAUUGCAUUGUGCCCACAUGGAAAUGUCAUUGGAUUUUUUGAAAAAGUUAUUUUUGAAUGGCCAUCACUUUUGUGUUUAGUCUUUCUGAUGGGGCGUUUUGUUCAUAUAUUUAUCAAAUAUAUCAGAAUUUACUUGGGAGCAGACAUUCGAAUUGAUGAAAAUUCUUUCCUACCAAUUCAUCAAGCCGAACAUGUCAAGAGACUCUUUCGAAAACCUAUAGUAAAACAGAAAAGCUGGUUUGAAAGGAAGAUAUAUACAUGGGACCCUUGUUUUAAAUUCCCCAGCAGGAUGAUUGGCACCACCGUCCUAUCACUGUUCUGCCUGUAUAUUUUUGUUUCUGUGGAAUACAGUGUUUACAGCACAAUUGCAGGUUUGCUAAAAAGUUUGGAAGAACAAAUGGAACAGGUAGCGCCAGAUGUGGCGCCUUCAUGGGAAGCAUACAAUCAAACUGUUGUUUCAAUGAAGGAGUUCAACGAAGCAUUAAAGGGUGUUUGGUUUUUCACUACUUUCCUGGCAAGUGCAGUCACGUUAUCCUACAUUUUUCACAUAUUAGUCUGCUAUAGAAAACACAUGAAGAGACUUUGGGUUGGAGAGAGAGGUUUUCUGCCUAUAAAAUUCAAAACUCCUUCAUCCACUGAGAGUGUGGCUGCCAUAGCAAGAUACUCCGGCUGGCAAGUUGCAUAUAUUUUAUGGGGCUACUUUAUAAUGCACAUAGUACAAUGCUUGUUUGGCCUGGUUUUUGUGUAUGCUGUUGUGUUUCCGAUAAAACAUGGCCAAUUAGAAGUUCUGAAAGGCUUAGGAAUUUCUGUGCUCACAAUUGCAAUUGUUAUUUCACUAAUGAUAUUGCAAGUCUUGUUAGCCAGUAAAUUCUUUCUGCAGAAGAAAAUAGCUCCCACGGAUAAGCAGAAACCGUUAGCUCUAAAUAACAGGAAGGCUUUUCAUAAUUUUAAUUACUUUUUCUUCUUCUACAAUGUGAUUCUUGGCUUGGGAGCCUGCCUGUCCCGCCUUUUUUCUGCCCUAAUUUUGGGAAGUUGGUUAAUUGCGAGGAUUGAUAGGACACUAUUACAGCGUGGAUAUGAGUCAGCAGACAUGGGCUACAAAACAUGGAUUGGAAUGAUAUAUGUGGACCACUAUCACACUAACCCAGUACUUGUGAGUUUUUGUAAUAUUCUACUGACAGUGACAGCUGAAAAAAGACUAAAGGAGUCUCCUGUAUAUUACGGGUUUAAUAAUUCAGGAGGACCUCGUACAUCAGUCAAAUCCAGAACAAGAUGGCUCCUAUAUUAUACUCUUAUGAACAAUCCUAGACUUAUAAUACAAAGAAAACAGAAAGAAAUGGAUAACCUGGAUAACAGAAAUGGUGUAAUGCAGACCAGACUUGCCCAAGCCUCUGUUUUGGAGGCUGAAAUCAGAAAUAUACAGGAAAGACCCCUGGAUACUAACAGCAUAGAAAUAUGGGAAAGAUGACAUUUUGAUAUUUAGGUCUUGGACAAUUUUCACGGAUUCUGAUGGUACUUUGUGUGGUCAUUCUGCUUUUUGGCUUUUGUUAUUCCAAAUCAAUCUAAUUUCAUAUUAUUUGUAUCAGUUGAGCUAGCAGAUCUAGGAGAUUAGACAUUUCUUGAACUGAUUUAUAGACAACUUGUCACCAGAAAAUACAGUGCAAUCUGCAGUCAGCAUGUUAUAGAGCAGGAGGAGUUGUGCAGAUUGAUAUGUAGUUUUGUGGGAAAAGAUUAAGUAAAAUGUGUAA